AUGAAGAGAUCAGCGUCCCCCGCGCCGCCAGUCUCUCCGCCUCCGCUGAAGCGCAAGAUUGAGUCGACUACGACGAGUCAAGCUGUCGCUUCGUUUUUCACCCCGGCCUCCCAGAAGAAGCCUGAGAAAGUUACCUGGCGGAUCGUCAACAACAGCCUAGUGGUGGGAAAAUACUCGAAAGACCACACCCAGAAUCAACAGUUGCAAGGUGACGGGAAACGGAAAGUGGCCGCCUUCGACCUCACUGACCCGGUAACCCAGGAUUCUACACUGAUAUCGACAGCCUCUGGGAACACGUUCGCAAAAGAUCCGAGAGACUGGAAGUGGUGGCACAACAAAGUCCCGGAGCGGAUAAAACAACUCGACGCCGAAGGCUAUCAGAUCGUCAUUCUCUCGAAUCAAAAGAAGAUUAACCUUCAGAAUGAGAUCAAGGGCGGGCGGAGCGAGUCUAAGAGUCUGUCGAACUUUAAGGAGAAGGUUGUGGCCGUGAUGCGACAAUUAGACGUGCCCCUGAGUGUCUACGCUGCGACCAAAUACGAUGAAUACAGAAAACCACGGACGGGCAUGUGGCAUGAAUUCCUAGACGAUUACGACCUCGAUAUUGAAGACAGAGUCGACUUGCAGGGAUCCUUUUUCGUCGGAGACGCCGCUGGACGGCCUGGAGAUCAUUCAUGUGUAGAUCGUAAUUUUGCCGCGAACAUUGGCAUUACGUUCAAGACCCCAGAGGAAUUUUUCCUUGAUGCAAGUCCAGAGCAAAUAGUCAGAGACUUUGACCCAGCAUCGUACAUUGAUACCGAAGCUGGUUCUGCUGCACCGCCCACAUUCUCAAAACGACAUCCCCUCGAGCUGGUAAUUUUCUGUGGCAGCCCCGGAGCAGGAAAAUCGACAUUUUAUUGGAAACACCUGAAGCCACUAGGUUACGAGCGCGUGAAUCAGGACAUCCUUAAGACGCGACAAAAAUGCAUCAAAGUCGCAAAGGAGCAUCUGGCUGAAGGCACCUCGGUUGCAGUCGACAACACGAAUCCAGAUCCCGAAACCCGAGCACACUGGACAGAGGUCGCAAAGGAACUCAAAGUUCCAAUUCGAUGCGUCUACUUCACCGCGCCGCCUGCACUGUGCAGACACAACGAUGCCGUCCGUGCCGCAAACCCUAGUCUGCUUGUUUGCCCUUGCCCCAUGAUUCUAACCCAUCGAUCGACAGAACCCCGAAUCCCGCAGCCCCCUCCCGGCAUGGCCUUUGCCGACUUUGCGCGCCGCUUCCGCGAGCCCCAGCUCUCUGAGGGCUUUGAGGACAUUGUCCGAGUAGACUUUCGCUUUGACGGUGACGAGGAGGCGAAAAAGUUGUGGUGCCAGUUCUGGGUGUGA